UCAUAAUCAGCUGGUUGGUAUCAAAGAUUUUGGUAGUAAUAUAAUUUUUAAAUUACAAAAUAAUGAAAACGGUUUAUGUUACUGUUAGAGGAUACUGUCAAGAGUUUGAUAGGUUUUCAGUAAAUUCUAAUGGUAUAAGUGAUGUAAUUGGUUGCAUCGGUGGAGCUGGCGAGGGAGAAGUUGUUCCCAGUAAAAAGGAAUACCGCGUGAAUAUUCAUGGCAUUACCUUAUAUUAUUUGGUAGAAACGUUAAAAAGUAAUGGUUCGUAUAGAAUCAAGUUCCUGGAGAACUUUAGAGACCCUCAGAUCAAUAGGAUCAGAUUCAACCUAGUGGAAUUCAGCGAGGAACAUGAAAUUCUGGAUUAUUCUUGGAAUUCAAAAACAAGAGAAUUGGUGAGGGAACGUUGCGAAUUGGAUAACGCCUUAUCGUGGUUAUCAACGUUGGGAGGAGCAUUCUCAGCGCUUGGAGAUUAUUUUGUCGAUAGAGCUAAAACGGCUGGCAAAAUAUCCUUACAUCAGCUGCAAUUAGCGCUUAAAGUUGGUGAUCCAUUAAUAGCGGCUCGCUGCAGGUUAUACUUCAGUUUGAGCUUGAUCCAGCAGGGAAAAUACAAAGUUGCAAAGGAUAUCGUUAUGUACGAAUACGAUAAUGCCAAGCAUGGGACCGACGUCAGAUUGGUGAGGAUGUGUAAAGGCAUUUGGUCUAAACUGUCGUAUGAAAGGUCUUUGGCCAUAGCCAAGAAAACUCAUUGAUGUUUGUUGAUUAAAAAUUAAUUUUGGUAAGAA